AUGCGCAUUCUGCUCUCCGUGGUACUGACCGCUGCUUUUACGACCCCUCGCAGCUUGGCCGCUGUGAUGGAGAAGAGGAUCACUUACGCUGAAGCAUCAGCGAUUGCAGCCAGCAACAUUGCACCUGCCCUGGCAGCAACUCCAACCGGGGCCUAUGCCAGUGAUGAUCCCAACGACUCGUACUACGACCUCUUCCAGGAGGAGACUCCUGAGGCUGUUCGUACUCGAGUUGGUCUUGGCCCUCUUGGAGCAGACAUUCUCGGGCCCCAAAACAUCCCAAUGGAGGAGCAGUACCCAGACUUGUUGGCGCCACCGUCUACAGAUGCUGGAACCGUGCUGAACUCCAAAUGGUCCUUCAGCCAGUCUCACAAUCGCCUUCAGAGCGGUGGUUGGGCUCGUCAGCAAACCGAAACCGAUAUGCCCAUCGCUACCACUAUGGCAGGAGUGAACAUGCGUCUGACGGCCGGUUCUAUUCGUGAGAUGCACUGGCAUACCGCAGCGGAGUGGUCGUACAUGCUGGCUGGAAGCGCCCGAAUUACUGCCAUCAAUGCAGACGGCCGAAACUAUAUCCAGGACAUUUACCCGGGUGAUCUUUGGUACUUCCCUGCUGGCAUUCCUCAUUCGAUCCAGGCUUUGAAUGACACAAAUCCGGAGGGAUGCGAAUUCCUGCUGGUCUUCGACAACGGCGCUUUCAGCGAGGAUUCGACUUUCAUGCUGAGUGAUUGGCUCGCACAUACCCCCAAGGAGGUACUUGCAAAGAACUUCCAUACAGACAUUUCCAUGUUCAAUCACAUCCCUGAAAAUGCCCUGUAUAUCUUCCCCGCUCCUGUGCCGCCUUCCAUCGAGGUCGACUGCGAGCUGGCCGACGGCCCGACUGGCACUACCCCAUCGCCCUAUGCUUUCCACUUGUCACAGAUCCCCGGCACUCCUCUAGAAGGUGGAUCGGUCAAAGUUGUUGACAGCAGGACCUUCACCGUCUCCACCACGAUCUCUGCGGCAGAAGUCACUGUCAACGCAGGUGGUUUGCGAGAGCUGCACUGGCAUCCUACCCAACCUGAGUGGACCUUCUUUAUCGAGGGCGAGGCUCGCAUAACCUCUUUCGCCUCCUCAGCUUCUGCCCGUACUUUCACUUACCAAGCGGGUGACAUCGCGUACAUACCUCCAUCCUACGGUCACUAUGUUGAGAACAUCGGCAACAGCACGCUCAAGUUCCUAGAGAUCUUCAACUCUCCUUAUUAUCAGGACAUCAGUCUGACUCAGUGGCUGGCGCUGACCCCGCCAGAGAUGGUUUCGGCUCAUUUGCAACUCCCCAUAGAUUUCGUGAUGAGCCUCAACAAAACAAAGGCGGUUGUCGUAUAA